UUUGGCUUUCCGUAUCGACUCGCUUCAUCAAGUCGUGUUUUUAGAUGUCAAAACUUGGUCCUACAUCUGGGAAUGUAAUUUUGUAUCCACUUUAACUAGAUUUCAUACAUUCCAACAACUCUUUGUAAGUACGGAAUACUGAGAUUAUAGGAUAUCAUCGAGGAUGUCAAUAUAAUAACCGUACUGAUUGUGACUACAAUAUUUUUUUAGCUGUGUUCGCAUUAGUGCGCAUCAGCUAGCACUAGCUGAUUAGCUAGCCAGCUAUCUAGAUAUAUUUCCGCAGAGUUCCUUCCUCGUACUUAUUGCAACCACUGAAUAAUGAUGAUAAAGGUAACUAUACAGACUGCUGGACUUUUAGUUUUUGUAUGGUUGUUCUUCGGGGACUUUGUUCUGGGUUGGUUUCACAACAGUGCCAAAACCAAAACGUCACAGAAUGAAUAUUCUAGAAAAAGUACACCUGACAAUCAAGACCAGAGUUGCUUUUGCCAACUAACUGGUGUCUUGGACGACUGCUUCUGUGACAUUGAAAGCAUUGACGUUUUCAACAACUUCAAGAUUUACCCGCGCAUUAAGAAGUUGAAUGAGAGAGACUACUUCAGAUAUUACAGGGUCAACCUCAAGCGACCCUGUCCCUUCUGGCCGGACGAUGGACACUGCUCCAUCAAGGACUGCCACGUUGAGCCCUGCCCGGAGAGCAUGAUCCCAGUGGGAAUUAAGUCUGGUAACUACAAUAAGUACUCCCAGGCACCCAACACAAUAACAAACAUUGUGGACUGUGAACAAGCCCAUGAACUUGGAGCUAUUAACAGCACACUGAGCAACCAGAGUAAAGAGGCCUUUGAAGACUGGGCUCGUCAUGAUGAUGCUCAGGACCACUUUUGCCUGCUAGACGAUGAGACGUCCCCAGAUGCCGAGUAUGUAGACCUUCUCCUCAACCCUGAGCGCUACACUGGCUAUAAGGGACCGUCUGCAUGGAGAGUGUGGAACAGCAUCUAUGAGGAGAACUGCUUCAAGCCAAGAUCAGUGUAUCGACCACUUAACCCACUGGCUCCGAGCAGAGGACCCCUAGGAGAUGAUGAUGGAGAGGGCUUCUACGACUGGCUUGAAGGGUUGUGUCUGGAAAAGAGGGUGUUUUACAGGCUCAUCUCCGGUCUCCAUAGUAGCAUCAAUAUUCACUUGUGUGCAGAAUACCUGUUGGAUGAGGCCUGGGGCAAGUCACUCUGGGGCCCCAACGUGCAGGAGUUCCGUCAGCGCUUCGACCCGGCUGAGACCAAGGGCGAAGGCACACGGCGCCUUAAAAACCUUUAUUUCCUAUAUCUAAUUGAGCUGCGAGCACUCUCCAAGUUGGCGCCGUAUUUCGACCGUGCCUUCAUUAACCUGUACACAGGAAACACCCAAGAGGACACUGGCACCAAGGAGCUUUUGCUGCAGUUGUUCAACGAGACCCAAGCCUUCCCAAUGCACUUUGAUGAGAAGUCAAUGUUUGCGGGCCACAAAAUUGAAGCAAAGAUUUUGAAGGAGGAAUUCCGUCUCCAUUUCAAAAACAUCUCCCGGAUCAUGGACUGUGUAGGCUGCAGUAAGUGUCGUCUCUGGGGAAAGUUACAGAUCGAAGGACUUGGUACAGCCCUGAAGAUCCUCUUCUCUGAAAAGGAAAUCAAGAACCUUCCGGAACACAGCCCUUCCAAGGGUUUCCAGCUGACGCGGCAGGAGAUCGUCGCCUUACUGAAUGCCUUCGGAAGACUAUCCACAAGCAUACACCAGCUCCAUAACUUCCGAAGCCUACUUAAUGGCAAGAGGUAACAGACAAUGUGGCCACCUGGUGGAGCAAUCGAAGAGGAAACUGCAAUAGUCUUAUCCUACCCAGGAUGAGGCCACUUUCAGGGACUUCAGAGUCAACACUGACCCCCCUCCCACCCAUUUCAACAUCUCCCAUCCCUGUGUGUGAUAUUCCUCAAGAUUUAGGUCUGAAAGACCUCCUUUACUGAUGUUUGCAUUCAAAUUGUGAGCAUUACUAGCCCAGCACUCGCUUAAGAGCUCUGAAGAGUUCCUAGUUUGCAAGUAUUUCAUUGCACAUUUGUUUUCUGUCUGCAAUCCAUGCUGUACUCUGGCUAUUUGCCUGCCCCUUUUAGCUACCUCCUUUUCCCUGCAUUUGUGUUGCAUAAAUGCUUAAUGCCCGUGAGUCUGUCCUUCCAUUCUUUUUUUAUUUUCUCCCCCCCCCCCCCAUUCACCAUCUCAGGCAUACUAGUUGUAAUCUAGCUAGAACAUUGGGGUGCAUACGCGUGAUUGUCAUGUGUGUUGAUGUGUGAUUGAGCGUGUGGAAAACACAGUUGCAGCUAUAUAAGAAUUGUUUUUUAAUUCCCCAAACUUUUACAACCGUUAUCUUGACACUUGUAGCAGCUUUUCGCUAUUGUAGGAGUAAUUUCUUCUGUAUCCGAACGCAUGCGUCUUUGAGGGAAUGUCUGUGUACGCACAUUUUUGAUGUUCAGUGGUGUCCCAACAUAGUCUUACUGCACAACAUGCAUAAAUUAGAUCAUUAUUAUAUGAAAAACUGUGCGGUAUAUCCUUAUAAAUGUAAUGUUGGUCAUCAUGCCUAAUCACUCAUUUUACAUAUUUAUGUAUAUGUUUACAUAUACAUGUUUUUGGUGACUUCAGUUUAAUUGUUUUUCUUGAAUCCUGAGAUAAAAAUGAAUAAAUCCCCCUUCUAAGAUAUCUGGAAGGAAUUCUGUUGCAACUAAAAUGUUGCUUAAUAUAGAUGUUCAAGUAUUUGUUGAAUAUUAAGUCUGAAGUCAAACUCUUUGACCAAUGGUGUUCAGCUGCCAUCUUGUUGAAGGAGAAGUUCAAGGAUGGUAUUUUCUGUAUUCACAACUGAAAACAAGCUUUUUUAAGUUUCUACAAUUAAUAUUCAGAUUUAAAUAUUUUUGGAAUUUGACUUUAAUAUUGGUAAUUGUCAUAGCUAUCCUACAAGUGUCAGCAAUUUGACAUUAUUAUGGUUAUUACUUGAUAUGAAAAAUGAGAUACUUAUUCCAGAUACCAGUGUGAGAGCGGUUAUUUUGUUGUUCUUUCUUUGAAAUGGAUUUAGAAUUGGACCAAAGAUUUUAUGUUGCCUUUUUUGUGUUUUUUUUUUUGUGUGUUACAGCUGAUUUUCCAAACCUUUUGACCCCAUAAAGUGUUUAUGUUCUGAGGAUUUGGAAAGGAAGACUUAAUCAUAAUAUUUUUUCAUUACCACCACAUAAUGUAAACAUGAUUUUUCCAACCAUGUUUAAAAACAAAAAACUUUUAGUAAGCAAGACUGAGUUACUCAAUGAAGCACAGCUAAUCUAAUGCUACUCUCACCAUGAAUGUGAACAGCAUGGGAUGUGUUAUCUUUUGUUUGAAAUGAAAGGUAUCUCAUGGACAUAAUAUCUUGGCGGCUUGGUAGAUUUUUUGUGUGUGCGAGAGUUAGUGUACGGUUUGUUUGUGUGUGUAUUUGUGUUCCAAGCCUUGCAUGCUGUCUACAACACCAGAUCGUCCUGUGCAAUCCACUUGUCUGCCUUAAAAAAGUUUCCAAAAGUAAUUUUAGAAUGAAAAAAAAAGCCUUCUCAAUAGGACAAAAUGUACAUCAAACUAUUUUGUCACUAUUGAUUCCCAGCUUUCUCCUCUCUGCCUUUGUAAGACGCAUAACAAUUUGUAAAGGAAAUAAAUACAGAACUUUGUUUUUCAAAUGUAUGAUUAUAUAUAGUUGCACCUAUAUAUAUUGAUGUGUAUACUGUACUUGUUGAGUAUAUUUAUUUGAAGAGGAUUAAAUAUUUCUGGUUGUCAUUCCAA